AUGUAUUGUGAAAAAGAGUAAGUUGGAGAGUUGUAUAAAGUCUUGACUUUAUCGUAAGAUGUUGAUGAAGAAGUCUUCCAUAUCCUCAUUUACAUAUUAAAAAAAGAAAGAAUUUAAGACUGCUUAGAAUUUCUCUCAUAGGAUCAAAAUAAAUUUCUUGUAGAAAUAGAAAGUUAAAAAGUAGAUAAUAUAUCAAUGCUUGAUAAAGAAUAGACUCUUAAAAAAGAGAAGAACAUUUAUAUAAUAAAGGAUGCUCUCAAAAAAAUUUGGGAGCAUGAAUUUAAUAAACAGAAUUACUCUAUGGAUAAUUAUGAAGAAAUAAAAAAGGAUCUGAUCAUAAAAAUAUCAUGGGAUAAGAAAAUCAUAGAAUUUCUCAAAUUUUUAGUUCAUCUGACUGCCUUGGAUAAGAGAUUUAUUUAGUGUGGAUCAAAUUCUCUUCAUUUGCUAGUUUAGAUGAAGGCUGACUUGAAGGUAUAAAGCUUUGAGAAUAUCAGGAUUAGAGACACCUCUUUAGUUGGUGGAAAUUUUAUACGAUGCAAUUUCAAUGGAUCAGAAUUUGACAAUGUCGAUAUUAGUGGAAUGAACUUGAAUUAAUCUUAAAUGUUUAAUUGUAAAUGGUUAAAUAUCAAAAGUCAUGAGUUAAAUAAAUUAAAUGGGCAUUUUGGAACAGUUAAUUAGGUAUGCUUUUCUCUAGAUAGUAAAUCAUUUGCUUCUUGUAGUAAUGAUAAUUCGAUUAUAUUGUGGGAUGUUAAAACAGGAAAAAUAAAAUCUAGAAUCAAGGAAAAGGAAGAAGUAAAUUCAGUAUGCUUCUCACCUAAUAAUAGCGCAUUAGCUUUCACCAGUGGAAAAUUUGUAUAUUUAUGGAAUCUUAAAACAAGAAAAUAAAAGGCCAAAUUAGAUGGUCAUUUAAAAUGUGUUAAUUCAAUUUGUUACUCUCCUGAUGGUACUACAUUAGCAUCUGGUAGUGCAGAUGACUCUCUCCAUUUAUGGGACGUUGAGACAGGUUAAUAAAAAGGAAAAUUAGAUGGUCAUUCAAGUGCAGUUAAUUCAAUUUGUUACUCUCCUGAUGGUACUACAUUAGCAUCUUGUAGUUCAGAUAAGUCUAUCCGUUUAUGGAAUGUUAAGACAGGAUAAUAAAAUGCCAAAUUAGGAGGUCAUUCUAGCAUUAUAAGGUCAGUCAACUUCUCCCCUGAUGGUAAUAUAUUAGCAUCUGGUAGUAAUGAUAGCUCUAUCCGUUUAUGGGAUGUUAAGAAAGGAUAAUAAAAAGCCAAAUUAGAUGGUCAUUCACAUUUUGUUUAGUCAGUAAAUUUCUCUCCUGAUGGUACUACAUUAGCAUCUGGUAGUUGGGAUAACUCAAUCCGUUUAUGGGAUGUUAAGCCAGGAUAAUAUAAAGCAAAAUUAGAUGGUCAUUCAAAUUGUGUUAAUUCAAUUUGUUACGCUCCUGAUGGUACUACAUUAGCAUCUGGUAGUUGGGAUAACUCAAUCCGUUUAUGGGAUGUUAAGACAGGGUAAUAAAAAGCCAAAUUAAAUGGUCAUUCAUCAAUUGUUUAUUCAGUUAGUUUCUCUCCUGAUGGUAAUACAUUAGCAUCUGGUAGUUAUGAUAACUCGAUUCGUUUAUGGGAUGUUAAGACAGGAUAAUAAAAAGCAAAAUUAGAUGUUCAUUCAGGUAGUGUUAAUUCAAUUUGUUACUCACCAGAUGGCACUACAUUAGCAUCUGGUAGUAAUGAUAACUCUAUCCGUUUAUGGAAUGUUAAGACAGAAUAAUAAAAAGCAAAAUUAGAUGGUCAUUCAGAUUAUGUAAGAACAAUUUGUUACUCUACUGAUGGUACAUUAGCAUCAUGUAGUGAUGAUAAGUCUAUCCGAUUAUGGGAUCCUAAGACAGGAUAAUAGAAAGCCUAAUUCGAUGGUCAUUCACAUUUUGUUUAGUCAGUAAAUUUCUCUCCUGAUGGUACUACAUUAGCAUUUGGUUGUUCAGAUAAUUCUAUCCGUUUGUGGGAUGUUAAGACAGGAUAGUAGAAAGCCAAAAUAGAUGGUCAUUCAAAUUGUGUUAAUUCAAUUUGUUACUCUCCUGAUGGUACCACAUUAGCAUCUGGUGGUUAUGAUGAGUCGAUCCGUUUAUGGAAUGUUAAGACAGGAUAAUAAAAAGCAAAACUAGAUGGUCAUUCAAAUAGUGUAAUUUCAAUUUGUUACUCUCCUGAUGGUACUACAUUAGCAUCUGGCAGUUCAGAUAACUCUAUACGUUUAUGGGAUGUUAGGACAGGAUAGUAAAAAGCCGAAUUAGAUGGUCAUUCAAAUUUUGCUAAUACAAAUUUUCACUCAUCUGAUGGUACUACAUUGGCAACUGGUAGUGAUGAUAACUCUAUCCAUUUAUAUGAUGUAAAAACAGCACAUGAGAUUCUAUCAUUAGAUAAUUUUUACAAAGACCUCCUUUCUUAGUUUAAAUUGCCACUUUAAUACCAGCAAAUUUUAAACAAUAGUAUUUAUUACGAUAAUUUUUUAGCUGGGAUUGAUCGUACAAUACUACGAAUAUGUUAAAAUCCAAUUUUGGAAGCUUCAGGAACUUUAUUUUUGAAUGGAGUAUUUGAAAAUUAUUCAGGUUUGGAAUUGAAAUGA